CACACUAUAUCCAAACGCCUCUAGUUUACGGUACAAAGCGUUUUUACGAAUCUACUUUUCUACGUUUGGCCACUCUAUCUUUUAAUAAUGGGCCUUUUCAAAUCCAAGCUGUCCCAGGGCAUGGGCGAAGACACCAAGUUGAACAUGCACUCCGCCAAUGUUCACGACCCAAUCCUUUCCGCCGUCAACGAAAGACAGCCUUUCGAGGCUGCCGGUGACUCCAACGUUACAGCUGGAAACCGUCUCUCAUACCAGCAGAUGGCUACCGAGGGUUCCAUGAGAGACGUUUUUGGUGCUCCGAUCCAGGCUCCAGACAUCUCCAACCCAACCAGAGCUCGUAACGAGCGUCCGAUGGACACCAUCAGAGGCUUCGAGUACGCCAUCAGCGGCGACACCGGUAUGCGCGAGCAGUUAGAGACUCCAAGACUCGGCUGGGGCUUCCAUGAAGACUACCCUCAAUUGAACUACGGCCAGGACGACUCCCAGUACGACAGGGCUCCGGUUGCUAAUUUUAACAACUACGGCGGUGAGCAGGCGGUAUACACCGCUCCGGUCCUCAACACCGACGAAGGCAAGAAGAAGAAGAAGAGAGGUUUGUUUGGAAAGAAGAAGUAAGCGUCGGCCUUGUGUAUUUCCUUCUGCCUCCAUCAUGUAUAUGUAUUGUACCAUAUCCUAGACUGUACUAGACCUUUUUCGUCGAGUUAUAUCCUUAAUUUACACUUUAACCUAA